CUCAUAUUUGACGACGCCGACAACAACGAAGACCAGAAAAAGAACCGUUUUCCAACUUGUUCGAAGCCAAGGGCCGCAAGAGCAACUGAGGGAGUGACACCUCUCUACCGACCAGCAAUGGCGUACUCAUCGAGAGCUUCGUCGCUCACGCCAUGUCCGUCGCCCAGCCCGGAGCCGCCAGUCGUCCAACCUGAUCACUUCUAUGGAUCCGAGGGCAUCCAACUACCACCAUCCCCCAACUCCGAUGGCAAGACGUGGCUCGACCCUGACGACGACCCCACCGCUUCUCGUGGAAUCCCUGUUUUCAAGCCCACGAUGGAAGAAUUCGAGGAUUUUGAGGCGUACAUGGACAAAAUAAACUGCUGGGGACUGAAGAGUGGAAUAGUAAAAGUCAUUCCGCCCAAAGAAUGGUCAGAGUCCUUGCCAGACAUCAAGCCUCAGCUAAGGGAAGUCAAGAUUCGGUCGCCAAUAGAACAAGUCAUGCUUGGGAGUGGUGGUCUAUUCCGGCAACAAAACAUGGAGAAACGGAGAAUCAUGAGUGUGCGAGAAUGGGCCGAACUGUGCAGCAAGGACGAAUACCGGGCCCCUGCAAAGCAAGACAUCGGCUUGCAGUCUCGUGCAGAACGAAUGGCUAUCCCCCGUGGCUCUCGUCGAACAGCUCGCAAGAAGGAAUCAGUCCCUCCCGAAGCCAAAUCCGACAAGAACUACACGGAGGCUUCUCGGCUGUCUUCUGUGCCAUCACCACCUCCAAGCGAAGCGGGGGACACUCCAGCUUCUGGUUCCGCUAAACGGGAACAAUCAGUCGAUAAAUCACAGCCAAAACCCAAAGGCAAGCGCGUUGCUCAAACCAGAGAGGCGCGACAGGCCAACCUUGCCGAACGGGCGCUUCGCGACAACGAGUUCAUCGACACCUUCGACCCACACACGGACUGGCUUCCCCCAAACACAACUGCGGAUGACUAUACACCGGAGUACUGCCAGAAACUGGAGAGGCAUUAUUGGAGGAACUGUGGGCUUGGGAAAUCCGCUUGGUACGGCGCAGACACGCAGGGAACGCUUUAUACGGACGAAACCAAGGUCUGGAAUGUGGGCCGUCUUCCUUCGGCACUCUCUCGCCUUCUACCGGCAUCCGAUCAGGGUCUUCCAGGCGUAAAUACGCCAUACCUCUACUUUGGCAUGUGGCGGGCAACGUUUGCAUGGCACGUCGAGGACAUGGACCUCUACAGCAUCAACUACAUCCAUUUCGGUGCCCCCAAAUUCUGGUACGCUGUCCCUCAAGCCAGAGCUAAUACCCUUGAGCAUGCUAUGCGGAAUUACUUCCCCAAGGACACUUCGCAGUGUCCACAAUUCCUGCGGCACAAGUCUUUCUUGGCUUCACCGACCCUCCUCGCCAAAUCUUCCUGCCGGCCAAACCAUCUUGUUCAACAUGCCGGAGAAUUCGUGAUCACCUACCCCAGAGGGUACCAUGCAGGUUUCAACUUGGGGUUCAACUGUGCGGAGAGUGUCAACUUCGCCCUCGAGUGCUGGAUCGAAAUGGGCCGGGUCGCCAAAGCUUGUAAAUGUGUCUCGGACAGUGUCCGCAUCGAUGUCGACCAACUGUUGCAGGAUCGCGCUGAGGAAGCUAUGAAAGCUGUCGCCCAGAUGGAGAUGGAGAUGGAACAGAAUGGUGGGGAACUCUUCCAGAUGCCUAAACCGAAACGCAAACGCAAGGAACGCUCAGGGUUUUCACCGGUCAAGGAGGAGACAUGCGACGGUGUAAUACCCACUCUCAAGAUCCCGUUGAAGCGCAAGCCGGAAGAAGUUGUGGAAUCUCCCAAGACAAAGAAGAUCAAAAUCAAACCUACGACAACCACCGUUUCGCAACUCUCUCCAUCCAAGGUAGCCAAUGGUGUAGCCUCCACCUCGAAAUCAGCGACGUCCACCGGUCCAUCUUCUCAGCCUAAGAUUUCGGUCAAGUUGAAGCUGGGACCGAAGCCAGCGGAGCCGGAAGAGUUCCCUUGCUGCUUAUGCAUAUCCACAGACAGAACAGGAUUGCUUCGAGUGCAAGGUCCUCCUCUCAAUCGGAAGGAUGCAAUUGAAGCAGCUGGCAACCCCAAAGUCUGGAUGGCCCAUGAGCAUUGCGCAUCGAUCAUCCCGGAGACAUGGGUAGAUGAAACGGCAUUGCCCGACGGUUCCACGGAGAAGGUGGUAUUGGGCAUCGAUGCAAUCGUGAAAGACAGGUGGAAUCUGAAAUGCUCGGCCUGCACUAGAACGCGCCCAAAGGUCCACGGUGCUCCGGUCCAAUGUACGAAAGGGAAAUGUCCCAAGGCAUUCCACGUCUCCUGCGCUAGGGAGGGGAGUGCACAUGGGAUCAUUUUUUCGGUACUCAAGGAGGUGGAGAAGGAGGUGGUCCUUUUUGAGACGAAUCCUUCGAACGCUUUCCCCGUCCCGAUGCAGGUAGACGGCGCCACGAGUUCCUUUGGGGAAGACGAAGGCCGUGUUCUCAAGGUGGUUAAGAAACUGGUUUGUGAAAUUUUAUGUCCACAGCAUAAUCCAGCUCUAGCGGCUCAAAAGAAAGCCUCGAAACAAGAAAAGAUUAAGGCGGAACUUCUGUUGUUGCCCAGCAUGUCACGAAUCAAGAUUCGCGUUAGUUCCGGUGUUUUCGAGGUGUCCUUAAUCCGCGUCAUCGAGGAGACGGGAUCUGUGGAGGUGCUUUGGGAUCGAGGCAUUACGCGUGAAUUCAAGUGGGGGAGUGUAAUCUUCGGGAGUACAGAUGGACCGGUGUUGCAGAGGCCCGUGGAUGACAAUCCAUCGCCACCGGUGAAAGAUGAACGUUCCGUCAGCGUCGCAGCCCCGAGCACCUCAGCACCCGUCCAAACUUAUCCAUCGACGACCGCGGCCACGACCACAUCGAGCGCGGCGGCCUCGCGCGUUGGAACACCUAGCGUUGGAAAUGGUGGUGCUGCUUCGGAGCCUUCGACUUCGAAUCCUCCGGCUGCGGUCGUGACACAACCUACGACUUCUUCGCAAUAUCCAUUUGGUUCGCAGGUUGUGCCUACCAGCGCUACCCCGUACUGGAGUGUUUAUGCACCCCAGCAGAUCCCAUACGGUCAUCCCCAGUUGACUGCUGGUUCGUCGGCGUAUCCAUAUACAGGAUACUACAGGGAUGCAUACGGGGUGCCCCAGCCCAAUUAUCCGCCUACCCAGACCUAUCACCGUCCGGCUGCGUAUAAUGUUGGAGGCUAUCAUGGAACGGGUGUGCAGGAUAGUCGAUUGCAGUGGCAAAGACCAUAUGAGGGGCCUGGCAGCCAGCAGCAGCAACGCGCCCAACAUCAGCAAUCACAUUACCGGCAGCCGGUAGCUGUAUUCCAUAUUCCAGUUGCGCCCAAUCCCAAUUCGCAAACGGGCAGCAAUGUCACCCCAGCCCCGUCCUCUUCGGCGUCGCAGACUUCAUCCUCCGACUUACCGUCCUCAAGCAGUUCAGGACACUCAAAUGGUUCUCCGCAGCAGGGCGUAACGACGGCGACACAAGUACAGACGAGUGAACAGACACAGGUUGGCGCCACCACUGUCGCGCAAUCGAGCACGAGCGGGCCUUCUACGUCGUCUGGUUGUCAAUCUUCUGUGCAGGAUGGGCAAUCUUCGCAGUCUGGCAAAUCACCGUCAGACCAACCAUCUGGCGCCCAUUCGCAAACGACUCAGCAGGGGUACCCUGACUUGUCGACGCUCGCUAAGCUCCCGCCAGAGGAGUUGACAGAGAUGCUUCAGAAUAAUCCUGAUCUGCGGAAUUACAUCAUGAGUACUCUGAAGAUGAGUGCUCCUGUUGACGGGCAGGUGGCUGCGUAG